AUGAAUGAAGAAAAUGAUGACGCUACUGAUUGGCGAUCGUUAACUAUAGCGAGUGUCAUUGCUUUAUUCACUGCAAUCCAAUUCACUAUUUAUUUCUCAUCAUUAUGGCCGUACUUACUUCAACUUGACCCCAACGCAACAGAAUCCUUCUUUGGAUGGAUAACAGCUGUAUAUAGUCUUGCACAAGCAGUAAUGUGUGUUGGAUUUGGUUAUUUACAAAAUCGUAUGAAACAAAGUAAAAUACCUAUACUUAUAGGGCUUUCAAUGAUGUUUUUGGGAAAUUUCACCUACCUUCUAUGUGCCGUCACUCCUUAUCCACCAAAAUGGAUUAUGUUUACGUCACGAUUUAUAACUGGACUUGGAGCAGGUAUGAUUACAGUACUUCGAACGUAUGCAAUAAAUGCAAGUACAGUUAGCGAUAGAUCACGUUCAAUAUCGUUGAACUCAGGAAGCUUCGCCUUAGGAAUCACCAUAGGACCGGCCAUUCAAAUCAUCUUUUCUCCACUUGGUUAUCCAGGAAUUAACUUGUUUGGAGCACUUGAUCUGGAUAUGUACACUGCUCCUGCGUUCAUGGGUAUUGUGGCGAACUCUAUAUGUGCAUGUCUUGUAAUAUUUUUCUUCCGCGAAUCGAAUGUAGGACUGCGAAAAGCGAUCAUUCCAAAAAAUGAUGAACACGUCCGAUUCUUCGCUCUACCAAGUUACGAUCGUAUAGCUAUAAUGAUAUGUAUUUUUACGCGUUUUGCGCAAAUGUUUGUUAUCACCAAUCUUGAAACGCUCGGUGCACCGUUAUCGAUGACCAUGUUUGGAUGGAACAAACAGCAAACGGUUCAGUACAAUUCACUAAUGCACGGUGGCUUCGGUUUUAUUGGAUUCGUCAUCUACGCCAUUAGUGUCUACUACGACAUCGGAAAAAUGCUCAACCAUCGUGUAUGCACAUGCGUUGGAAUGCUCGCUUUGUUAACAUUCCAUUUGCUGACGUUUCCAUGGUGGGGGUUACCUGGAAAGAUCCCCUAUCAACAAGAAUACAUCAACGUCAAUGGAACAACAGUUCUUAAUCCUGAUCCAGUUGGCUGCAGGCCCUCAUUUAAAUGGUGUGAGACGACACCACCGGUCAGUCCUAUACUCUUCAUCGUCACUUACAUUUUCAUCAACGGCCCAGCAUUUUCGUUAAUUAAUGUGUGCAUGAACACCGUCUUUUCCACUGUUAUCGGACCAAGGAAUCAGGGCACAAUGCAGGGAAUCCUAUUACUGAGCGGUAGUGUAGCAAGAAUGUGUGGUCCAAUUUUUGUGGCAAACCUUUUCACUGAGUACGGUCCGCGACCAGCAUGGGGAAUAGAGAUCGUAUUAGCAGGAAUCGGUGCCUUAUUGUGGAUCAUCUUCUACAAACGGAUUGUCCCGCUGAAACUUCCGCACACGUUGAGCGCAGGCGACACGUUCAAAAACAAAUAUGGUCACGUGUACAAAUUCUAG